AUGAUAUCGUCAUAUCUCUCCAUCGGCCUGCCUCCCUCUAAUUACGCCGCAACGUGGGAAGCCUCCUCGUCAAAACAAAACUCCCGUGCCCAACCUCCCCACGACCACACGCCGCCGCCGCCGCCAGCCCUUGUCCUGCACGCUGACGCCACCAGCUCCUACACGCCGGCGCCCAUAUCGUGGGGGUCGUUACCCCCUAUGUCGUCGCCACAGUCUCAUCUGCACGCCGCCAGCAACCCCUGCACGCUUCCCUCGCUCCAACGCCGUACCUGCUCCGACGCCGCCGCUAGCCCCAAGCGGCCUACACGGACGCAGAUCCAGCGCGAUCCCCUCGAUCCGGCGCAUCUGGCCACAGCCCCAUCGCGCAUCCACUCCCAGUCGACCUUGCCCUCGCCGGAGCCUUCGCCCUCACUGGAUCCUGCCCUCGCCGGAGCUCGUGGUAACCUGCUUCGCCACGCGUGGCGAGGACUACUUACUCGUCAAGCCCGACUGCCUCCGCGUCCCCAGGGACCCCGCAUCCGCCUUCUCCGUCUUCGACGUGUUCGAUGGCCACAACGGCGUGUUGGCGGCGGUCUGCAAGGAGCAUCUGCUCGAGCACGUCAUGAGCGCGCUGCCGCCGAACAUUGGCCGCGAAGACUGGCUGUAGGCGCUGCCGCGCGCGCUCGUCGCUGGCUUUGUCAAGGCCGACAUCAAUUUCCAGCGCAAGGGGGAAGUGUCUGGAACCACGGCGACACUGGUGGUCAUCGAUGGGUUCACGGUCACAGUGGGGUGGGCGACUCGCGCUGCAUCCUGGACACGCAGGGCGGCGAGUUGCAGCUGCUGACCAUGGACCACAGCCUGGAGGAGAAUGCAGAGGAGCGGGAGCGCGUCACGGCUAGCGGUGGGGAAGUAGGCCGGCUCAAGGUCGGUCCUCUCUGGUGCUGGCCUGGUGGCUUGUGCCUUUCAAGAUCCAUUGGGGACAUGGAUGUUGGGGAGUUCAUUGUGCCCAUUCCACAUGUCAAGCAAGAAAAGGUUGAUAUAAAUUACGAAAUGCAGGGAUCUGCACUUUAAUUUUUCUGUGACGCA